AUGCCCUGGCCCCGCAUCCAAUUCCACGAACUCGGCGACCAACCCUGGUGCCCAGCGUGGCUACACCACCACGAGCAAUUCUCGCUCUCCCAACUCUGGGCCCUGCGCGUCCCCCUCUGGAGCCGCAGCAGUCUGGCCACAGCAGCCUGCACCGUGCUAAAAGAGCAUUUUACCGAUCUAUCCUCCUACACGAUCGUGGACGUCUGCGCCGGAGCCGGCGGUCCAACGCCGCUGAUCGAGCGCGAACUGAACCGCGACGCUGAGAAACAGGACCAAGAGCCCGUGACGUUCGUGUUGACGGACAUGUUCCCGCCCGUGGAUGUGUGGAGCGCGAUCGCCAAGAAGCAGCCGAAUGUGCGGUUUAUCGAGGAGGCUGUUGAUGCGCGGUCUGUUGGGCGGGUUGCAGCAGACGAUAAGAAAGAGUGUCGCGUGUUCAACAUCUGCUUCCAUCAUUUCGAUGACCGCGAUGCGGCGGGGAUUCUGCGCGGUGCGGUUGCGGAGGCGGAUGCGAUCUUUGAAAUCACCGCCCGCCAGGUCUCAACGUGCCUGUACUCGCCGCUCGUCUUCUUCUGGGGCUUCUAUGUUACGCUGCUGUGGUACUGGAACUCGCCGGUGCAUCUGCUCUUCACCUUCCUCCUCCCGAUCGCGCCGGUAGCGCUCUGGGUCGACGGAUUCAUCUCGUGUCUGCGGACGCGCACACCAGGGGAAAUCGAGGAUCUGCUCGCGACCUCAGGGAAGGAUCUCGACGGAUGGACAUUCAGCAGCGGACAGAGGAGCGUGCAGUGGCCGUUUAUCACGCUGUACUACUUCGUCGGCAGGAAGGGGGCUAAAUAG